UAGGAAACGGAACGCGGCCGCCGCCGCGUCUCCUCUCGUCCCACCAGUCUGUUAUUUACCGCGUCGCCGCUCUGCAGCCUCAACGGGAAUAACAACGUUUUUUUUUUUGUGAGACAUUCACGCAGCGAUAUUCACGCAUCUUUCUGUAUUCCGUGCAGCAGCAGCAGCAGCCGGACCAUGAGCGUCGAGGCGUACGGCCCGAGCUCGCAGGCGCUGCUGUUCCUGGACGGCGAGGACGCCGAGCUGCUGGGAGCAGACACGCAGGGCUCCGGGUACGACUACACGGACUUCACCCUGCCGAGCCAGAGCCAGAGCCAGAACCAGAACCAGACCCUGAACCAGAACCUGAACCAGCUCGACAGCCAGGUCAACGGUGUGCUGCACAACGGAGACAACCCCCUGAAAAGCAGCCAGCUGCUGGCCGAGCUGAACUUCGAGGAGGAUGAGGAGGAUAUCUGCUACACCAAGGACCUGCCGCUGCACGCCUGCAGCUACUGUGGGAUUCACGAUCCAGCCUGUGUGGUCUACUGUAACACCAGCAAGAAGUGGUUUUGUAAUGGUCGCGGUAACACAUCUGGCAGCCAUAUCAUAAACCACCUGGUGAGGGCCAAGUCCAAGGAGGUGACCCUACAUAAAGACGGCCCUCUGGGGGAAACCGUGUUGGAGUGCUAUAACUGCGGAUGUCGCAACGUCUUUCUGCUGGGCUUCAUCCCUGCCAAGGCCGACUCGGUGGUGGUGUUGCUGUGCAGGCAGCCGUGUGCGAGCCAGAGCAGCUUGAAGGACAUCAACUGGGACAGCUCCCAGUGGCAACCUCUCAUCCAGGACCGCUGCUUCCUGUCCUGGCUGGUGAAGAUCCCCUCGGAGCAGGACCAGCUCCGGGCACGCCAGAUCACCGCCCAGCAGAUAAACAAGUUGGAGGAGCUCUGGAAGGAGAGUCCCAGUGCGACUCUGGAGGACUUGGAGAAGCCCGGGGUGGACGAGGAGCCUCAGCACGUCCUGCUUCGCUAUGAGGACGCCUAUCAGUACCAGAACAUCUUUGGACCGCUGGUGAAGCUGGAGGCCGACUACGAUAAGAAACUGAAAGAGUCGCAGACUCAAGACAACAUAACAGUCAGAUGGGAUCUCGGUCUCAAUAAGAAGAGGAUUGCUUAUUUCACCCUUCCAAAGACAGACUCUGACAUGCGGCUGAUGCAGGGAGAUGAGAUCUGCCUCAGGUACAAAGGAGACCUGGCUCUUCCCUGGAAGGGCAUUGGACAUGUCAUCAAAGUCCCUGACAACUACGGAGAUGAGAUAGCCAUAGAGCUGAGGAGCAGCGCGGGCGUUCCCGUGGAGAUCCCUCACAACUUUCAGGUUGACUUUGUCUGGAAGUCGACCUCCUUUGACAGGAUGCAGAGUGCCCUGAAAACGUUUGCCGUUGAUGAAACGUCGGUCUCUGGAUACAUCUACCACAAACUGCUGGGACAUGAGGUGGAGGAUGUGGUGAUGAAGUGCCAGCUGCCCAAGCGCUUCACCGUCCAAGGAUUACCUGACCUCAACCACUCUCAGGUGUAUGCUGUGAAGACAGUGCUGCAACGCCCCCUCAGUCUGAUCCAGGGCCCCCCUGGAACAGGAAAAACUGUUACCUCCGCCACCAUUGUGUACCACUUGGCUAGACAAGGCAAUGGGCCAGUGCUGGUUUGUGCUCCGAGCAACAUAGCUGUGGACCAGCUGACUGAGAAGAUCCACCAGACGGGGCUCAAGGUGGUGAGGCUCUGCGCCAAAAGCAGGGAGGCCAUAGACUCGCCCGUGUCCUUCCUGGCUCUGCACAGCCAGACCCGCAACAUGGACAGCAUGCCAGAGCUUCAGAAGCUGCAGCAGCUGAAGGACGAGACUGGAGAGCUGUCCUCCUCCGACGAGAAACGCUACAGAGCUCUGAGACGCGCUGCUGAGAGAGAACUUCUCAUGAAUGCUGAUGUGAUCUGCUGCACGUGCGUCGGAGCAGGAGAUCCUCGCCUGGCCAAACUGCAGUUCCGAUCAAUCCUGAUUGACGAGAGCACCCAGGCCACCGAGCCCGAGUGCAUGGUGCCUGUUGUUCUGGGAGCCAAACAACUGAUCCUGGUGGGCGAUCACUGCCAGCUGGGGCCGGUGGUGAUGUGUAAGAAGGCGGCUAAAGCCGGUCUCUCGCAGUCUCUGUUUGAACGGCUCGUGGUUCUGGGGAUCCGGCCCAUUCGUCUGCAGGUCCAGUACCGCAUGCACCCGGCCCUCAGCGCUUUCCCCUCCAACAUAUUUUACGAGGGCUCUCUGCAGAACGGAGUCACUGCUGCUGACCGGGUGAAAAAAGCCUUCGACAUCCAGUGGCCACAAGCUGACAAGCCCAUGUUCUUCUACGUCACGCAAGGCCAGGAGGAGAUCGCCAGCUCUGGGACGUCGUACCUCAACAGAACUGAAGCUGCCAAUGUGGAGAAGAUCACGACGAGACUGUUGAAGGCUGGAGCCAAACCGGGUCAGAUCGGCAUCAUUACCCCGUAUGAGGGACAGAGGUCCUACCUGGUCCAGUACAUGCAGUUCAGCGGCUCCCUGCACACCAAGCUCUACCAGGAGGUGGAAAUAGCCAGUGUGGACGCUUUCCAAGGCAGAGAGAAAGACUUCAUCAUCUUGUCUUGCGUGAGGGCGAACGAGCACCAAGGCAUUGGUUUCCUUAAUGAUCCCCGCCGUCUCAACGUUGCUCUUACCAGAGCCAGGUAUGGGGUGAUCAUUGUGGGGAACCCCAAAGCUCUGUCCAAGCAGCCUCUGUGGAACCACCUGCUAAAUUACUACAAGGAGCAGAAGGUGCUGGUCGAGGGGCCGAUCAACAACCUGAGAGAGAGUCUGAUGCAGUUCAGCAAGCCCCGCAAGCUGGUCAACACCAUCAACCCCGGGGGUCGAUUCAUGAGUUCAGUCAUGUAUGACGCCAAGGAGGUGCUGAGCUCUGGAUCUGUUUGUGACCGCAGCAGCAACGGACGCACGUCCAACAUGUAUUUCCACACCCAUGACCAGAUCGGUGUGAUCGGCACCGGGCCCGGUCCCAUGUCGUCCAUGAACAUCCCCAUCCCCUUCAACCUGGUGAUGCCCCCUCUCAGUCCCUCGGGGUACCUGGGACAGUUGAACAUUGCAGGUGAAGGGAUGAAGAGCAAGCCAGGCGGUGGUGGCACUCGAGGCAGCCGUCAAAGAGGCCGUGGCAACAUGGGGAACCACGGUGCGGCGGGUGGAGGGGGGGAGCAGCACGGGGGCCACAUGAGCGGCAGCCAGGCCAGCCAGGACCACGGCUCCCAGCCCUUCUCCCAGGGGCCGCUCACGCAGGCCUACAUGAGCCAGCCGUCCCAGAUGAGCCAGCCCGGACUCUCCCAGCCUGAACUCUCACAGGAGAGUUUCCUUGGAGACGAGUUCAAGUCCCAGAUGGAUGUGGCUUUGUCCCAGGACUCCACCUACCAGGGGGAGCGGGCCUACCAGCCUGGUGGCGUGGCCGGACUAUCCCAGUACUAGCCUGUUGCUGGAACGGAGCUAGGCCUGUUAGUUCAAUGGUAUUUUAUUCUGGGUAUUAACCAUAAAACAUGGAUUCCCGUUUUCCACUGCUACAACUGAAGCACCACUGUGUGAACGUGACAGGAGAGAGAUUGAGAAACCGACCAAUCACAAGCCUGAUGGCAAAAAUAGGAGUAGAGCUGGACAGGAAGAGGGCGAGACGGAGAGAGUGGGAGGCGAGAGGCGAGAGGAGAGAGCGCUGCUGCUCACACGAGAAGACAUGGUGGGGGAGGAAGCUGUGGUCCUCAGAGCAGCAGAGGUGGAGGCCACGUCUUCAGCCGGUCCAGGACGGAGAAACAUCUGAAUGGUUCUGUUGGAGGGAAAGAGGCAACAGCACCGUUUUUGGUCUCGCGGCCCAUAAUGCCUCAGGAGCUCCAGAAGUGAUUGAGGGGAAGAUGGAAAAGAAGUGCUUCAUGAACAACUCCUCCUAACUCAACAGGAGGUCCUCCGAGACUCGGAGUGAGACAGAACAUAGAGAUGCAGGUCCUCGAGUCGGUUGUCAUAGCAACUCUUUAAAACCCAGCGCUUGAGCCGAGGCUCUGCAUUUGAUCACAGCUGAGCAUCCAGACGACGCGGGAACGCUGACGUGCUCGUGACGUUACGCCUCAAGGAGUUUUAUUGAAACUUGAGGAUCGCACAGUCAUGUGUCCCUUGUUUUUGUCUGAACUUUGAGAAAAGCUUUUGGAACAAAGGCUUGUUUCCCUGAGGCGCUCAGUGAUGUCCGCUAACGUUUGUAGAAGUCUUCCUCAGCAGCUCUUUCUGUGGACGGCUCAAAAACGAGAGCAGAGUCUGAGUAAAAGACAACCAGGUCUGAUCUUCAGUGUUUCAGAUCUGAGCUCCGGAGAUUUCUAUUCUCUUCUCACAUCUUAUAAUGAAUAAAAGCAUCAUAACCAGCUUAUUAAUGAAUGAAGGUGUCCUUUCUUUUCUGCUGAGUGACUAAAGCUAGUACGUAGAAAUUAUGUUUACCACACACAGUAUAGCCAGACACUGAUAAUAAACAUUGCCUGGAGGUGCCUUGCUCAGAGCCGCCGCAGCCCUCCAGUUAUGUGUCAAAAGCGUGAUAAGAUCAUUAGUGUGAAUGUUCAGAGCCAACCGCAGUGCUGAGACACGAAACCCUUCGUAAAAGAUAACGUGACCUCAAGGUUUCGUGCUUGUUUCCGGGCGCGUGACACCACUACUCACAGAUCAUCUUAGAGCUGGUACUUGGAUCAGCGGGUGGAGCGUUCCAUGUUUGAUCCCCGACCCUCCGACACGCCGCAGGGUCCUGGGGUUGGACACUGAACCCCAUGUUGCGCCACAUUGUUCAGGCUGUGAUUAUAACAACAAGGCAGGACUUAGAUAUGCAUACAUGUAAAGAACAACAGUGCGAGUGUGUGAAUAGAGAUGAGACUGUAAAGCACUUAGGAGAACCCCAGAUAUGGUUAAUAAAGUUAAAUAUGGUGCAUAAUUAACGUUUUCUCUCAUUCACACUUGUUUAACAAGCACGUACUUAUAC